AUGGAAUGUCAAACUUGCUCGGAUCAAUUCACUACCUCCGAGGCGUUGCACGAGCAUAUUGGAUUCUAUCAGUCCCAGGCUCAGUAUCAUGUGCGCGAGUUGCUGAGAUGCCUGGCACACGUCCAUUCCCCCCCCAACAGUCAUGUUUCCGGCGAUGACAAACCUGGCAAUCGCUUAGGCGAUACUGGUGCCUCCUUUGACUUUGACUCUGAAAAUACUCCAUGCUACGAACUUUGCCCGUCGUGCGGACGCAUUAUGGAACGCGCGAGUACCUAUCUUCACCACAACUGCAAGAAGGGUAAAUCGACCAUACAAAUCUUGCAGCGACGGAAGGCACUUCGGCGACAGGUGGACAUACAAUUGAGAGAAGCCAGGACAGAGAGUUCUCGUGCCGCCCAUACAAAAGACCCAAUAGAAGAAGACACACAUCAGCGUCACAAAAGACGAAAGACGGAGAAUGGUGGCAUUGGAACUGAACUUCCAACAACAUCAGCUUUCAGCAAGCCUGCGCACGAGGUCAAAGACAUUCUUGGACCUUCCAUGGCCACCACGGACAAUGUUGAUGACCAGCCGGUUUCAAGUAAUACCGAGACCUUCUCUAAACCGUUGAACCUCCUGCCUAUGGGCUCCAGCCUCGAUCUAUCAUUAAACUUGGGAGAGCCCUCUUUGCCACAGUCGCAGUUCUACCACGCCCUUCCAACUUCUGAUCCAUCUCAUGUCGCUGUGGCAGAGUAUGGUGCACACGGCCUCGAUCCUUUUGCGGACAUGAUAUCUAUGUCCAAGGCGCCGCUCAUGUACGCAGGCACAACACUCGUAUCGAAAGCUCCGCUCAUGUAUAUGUCGACGCAAAUGUUUGGGUUGCACGAUGUAGAGCACGAGCUUAAUGGACAGGCGAUGUCAGGAGCUGAGCACGGAGUGACCAACUCUGUGGGUUCGAACAUGGUCACCUCCACCGAGAGAACUGGCGACGGAUAUGGGCCACUUGGGUAUUGA